UGGUCAGACGUAGUAGCGCGUGGUCGUGGAGUUGUCUCUUAAAGAAAAUCUGAAAAGUGAGAAGGCAAUUAAAAACAGCAGCAACAAAGCAACCGACUAACUAGAGCAGAUCCAGCCAGGAAAUUUGAACGGAAAGAGGACGACGACUUUGAUGUGAACCGGAAACGAGGGCAACGACUAAAGGACUAAAGGGGCCAAGGCAGUGUGCAAAUUGAUAUAGUCGGCAGAGCAGAAUGGAUGAGGAGCACGACGACGAUCGAAUAAUAUGAGAUUAGAUGGGGCUCUAGAGCCCCGGCCCCGUUACGGAGCUGCCCCGUUCAAGGGCCGCUUCCCCCUGAGGCGCGAGACUCGCGAACAAUGUGAGUCCCAGCAGCAACAGUCAGCCGACGAAGACGACGAGGCCACAGAUGCUGAGUGUUUGACCAACGACAACAACAACAACACUAUCCACAGCCGCAACAACAUCAACAAUUGGCCAGCAAAUAGAGCCAACUUGAACUUACAACCAGCAACACUACGAACAACAAAGCAGAGUAGAGCAGCAGGUUCUGGGGCAGGAAACUUGAAACGCUGCUCGAUGGUUGCCACCCUUAAAACGCGUGCCCCGCCAUCAGGAGGAGCAGGAGCUAGAGCCGGUACAGGAUCAAGAUCAGGCUGGGAGCGGCUUAACUCGUCCCUCGUUCUGCUCCUGAUUUCCGUUAUUGCCCUAAUGCCGCCGCUGACGCUGGGCGAUGACGGUGAUAAUUUCUUUGCCGUGAAUGCCUUCAGUGCUGGUCCGGAGACCACGACGCCAGAGUUCGAUUAUGCCAGCCGCGGGCAGAAGAAGUUCGGCGACAAGUGCGAAAACACCUUGGAAUGCGGUUUCCCCGGCUCCAUAUGCGAUCCCAAGAAGAAAUCCUGCCAGUGCACCGAGGAUCUGCCCGUCACCAAUCACAUUGAUAAAUGUGGCAAAGAGGCCGCCGUGAACGAGUCCUGUUUCUUCAACGAGCAAUGCGAGAUGAAAUACUUCCAGACGGAGUGCCGGGACGGACGUUGCAUCUGCCGGUUCGAGAUGUCGCCCAUUUGGGGCAAGGACGGCUCCGUGGAGUGCAAAGGACGCCAGGACAAGAGGGGAGCCGAGGAAUACAUCGAUCCGGCCAUGAUUGGCGUGCUGGUAGGAAUGGCAUUGAUGUUUAUUAUUAUUUGUGUCGUCCUGCGAUUGUUUAGCCAAGCUCGCUGGCGUGAGAACCGGACCAUCUUCAAUACCCCGAAUCCGCGCCUGAUGAACGUCUCCCUCCUGCGGGACAGCAAGCUGCUCCACGGACAGGAGCGCCGCGGCUCCAGGAUGUCGGUGCGGGCCCCCUCUCGGCAGCCUAGCAUGGCCUCCCUGCGGCCCCACUCGCCGAAUCCGUCGCUAGGCUCCCAUUCCGAGUCGCAUGGCAGUGCUAGCAAUGCCUCGGCCACAUCUGUGCGCUCCAACCGCAGCAACUCGGUAGCUCCCGGCAAGGUGGCUCACCACGAGCGUCACGGAUCAGCCCAUCGCCAGCACCACCAACAUGGCGGACACCACCAGCAGCAGCAGUCGCAUCCGCAGUCGCCGCAGGAUCAGUCGCUGGUCACCAACAUCACCACCAAUCCGGUGGCCGAGAGCGUCACCGUCGAGAUCAUUGAACCGGGACAGAAGUAAGGAUGUAUUUAGGAUUUGGUAGAAGAAAAGGAUACCCUAGGCAACAUGGCAUAGGCAAGAUUAACUGGCAAACUCUCUGAACACGAACACUGGACACGAAUUCGAAUCGUCGAUAUGUACACAAUAAAUUUAAAAAAAGAAGAAAAAUAAUUCUAAAGCAUAUAGUCACGAUACAUGCACGCGAUAAUAAGGCUGGCUCGUCCUGGGAAAUAUCCAAAAGGGUCGGGUCCUGUCAGAAACCAACUUACACAUGACGCCAUUGUUAGACUCUUUUUUGACAAAGGAAAUUUUUGCAAUUAAUGAACAUUUUUUAACCAAACCAGUUAUAUACUUAUUAGAUAUAUACGGAGCAUAUAACACCUUUGCCGACACUCACACACAUACACCAAAAACAAUGCUAAAUGAAUUAACCGUAAAAAAAUAAUUGAAAAAAACCUUGCAUAACAAAUUCAUACUACUCUUUUUUUUCAACCAAAAAAAAAAAACAAAAAAUCAAGAAAAGAAAAGAAUCUUUAUUAAUUUAAAUAAUAUAUUGUAAUGCAGUUAUAUAAUCUAAGCUUUGGGUUAAAGGCUUUAAGGAUUUAACGAGAAAAUAAAAAAAUGAAAGGAAACCAAACGCAAUGUAGAGAAAUUCUAGAGAAACCCUAGUGUCAGGCUAGAUCUCAACUCGUAGUGUUCUAUAGCCAAUUAAUUGGAUGUCCUUUCGCAAAGGAGGCCCUCAGCAUCGUUGCCAAAGAUGCGAUUUAUUGGGAAAACCCAAGAAACCAAAACCAAAUUACCAAAAGCAAAAACCGCUGAUACAACGCCUUAUCUAUAUACUAUAUAGUAGUGAAAAGCCGCCUCCAAUUGCCGCUCUAGAUCCCACAUAUGGAUGUUAUUGCCCAAAAAGAAAUCGAUGGGAAAAAAACCAAGUUGAAGAGAGAUAUUUAACAACCUCGGGACCAUAUUUUAUAAUCAAAAUAUGCGUUUCAUUGCGAUGCACGCACGUUCACCAUUAUUCUCGUUUUGGGUUUUAGUCGUUUAUGUUUUAGCCACUAAAAGGCCGUCAGAUAAAGGAUUAAAUAUGGUAUGGAUAGAGAAUACUAUAUAUUUUUAACAACUAUUUGUAAACUGCUAGCUGAGCAAAGUUUUAGGGAACACUCACAACUUGAUAUUAAAUAUUUAACGCCUAUAUACAAUGGUAGCGUCUCGACCAAGAGGCCAAAAUCUAAAUUGACUUCCAUUUAUGUUAAAUUGUGCUAAAUAUUUAGUUUGAACAGCAGUUUCCAAUGCCAGAUACCACACACACAUCCCAAGGAUCGGAGUUGGGGACUCUUGAAUUGGGCAUUGGGCUAGUCGAGAAUAGGGGAAGAUUUUCGGGUCUGUCCAAUGCGGAGUUUGAAGUCCAUGCCGGUCGGAGGAUCUUUGCGUUAUAGCCAAGGUAGAUAUAGAGCAGUUUGAUAUUGAUAAGGUUAAGUUGUUGCCCCAAAGUAACCAAAUGGACCGUAAUACCAAAAAACCGACAAUUCUCAUUUGCUUUUGUGCUCAAUCAAAGAAGCUUAACUGUGAGAAUACCAAAAUGAAUACAAGAUACAAAUAAAUGUAGAGCGAAAGAAAUCUUAAAGUUGCUUGAGAACUUCUUCUAGCCGAACAAUUACAAUUAGAGUAACAAACAAGAAUAUUUAAAAAAAAAAUAUAGAAACAAAAAAAAACGAAAACAAUUUUAUUAAAGCAUCGAAUUUUUCUUAAAACCAAAACAAAUGAGCAAACAAACAAUCUUAUUUCUAGGACAACCAAAUCUAGUUACUUAUUUACAUUUCGAAUAAAUGGCAUUCGAGAAUAAAAACAAUUUAGACUUUGGAAUUUGGGGAAGAAUUUCAAGGUUUAACUUUGUUUUUUUCCUAUACCAAACUGCAAAACAAUAAUAUCUAAGCACCAAAGAUUAAGAGUAUAUAACAAAUAAAUUUAAAAAUGAGAAUACAAAUAAAAGAAUUCACUGAUUUUUCUAUUUACAUCAAAUAAUGUUGAAGGCAGACUUUAAGCGAAUUUUAAAUAAGCUAAAAAUCAAUGAGGAGCAUGACGAGAGAAUAUUUUAAAACCAAUUAUAUACAUACAUGAAUAUGCUUUAUUUACUUUAAUAUUAACAUUAUACACAACAACUACAUACAAAUAUUAUAUACACUUGUAUUAAAGUUUCGUGAAAAAAAAAACAAAACUGCUACCAAACCGAAUGCGAUAAAUUCAUUUACACUCUACCAAGGAAAAAAAAAACUAAAAUUUUAUAUAUGAAGUCUCGUAAAUCUAAUAUAUAUAUACAUCUAGAAUCAAACGCCAUUAUCGCACAUCUAAACUAAAUUUAAUGAGAUAAUUCGUUAAGCCUAGACGAGAAACAAAACUAAUAGAGUUGAACACUUCGAUUUCUCAUGUGACUUGAAACUACAAAAAAAAGCAUACAACUAGCAAGGAUCGUAGUUAUAGAGAGCGAAUCAAGCCAGACAGUACGAGUAGCGGAAAAAAUAUAGAGGACGGUAUACUUACAUACAAACCUAAAAUGAUAAUUGCUUUUUUUCAAACUUCAAGACGGCAAACGAAAGAGUUGAAACAACUAAGUACGAGUAUAUAUUAUGAAGUACAUAUAAAAGUAUAUACAUAUAUAAACUAUAUUUAAAGAUCAGUUCACUAUAAUAAAGUCUAUAUUACCAUACCUUACAACAAACCAAAGCAAUCUA